AUGGCCGGCGCAUCGAACAGGUGCGUACAAAGCUGUAAUGUGACAUACAUCUGGUCUGGGAGCGGUGUAAAGGCCGAGAUUGCUAUUACACGCGAUGAACGGAAGAUAAUUGUACUGCAGCUGCCCGACUGCUGCAUGAUACCAUCGUGGUCUGGAUCGCUGCCAGCCCGCAGGAGGUUGAAUGCAUGGUGCAUCGUUGGGCUGAAAGGAAACAGGUCAUGCAUCAUCCAGAUUGCAGAGCAGUACACACUGUCGACGACAUGGAUCGGUGCAGGAGAAUUAAAUGUCACGAUCGAAAUCGCAAUUUUCAGGCCCUCCGAAGCGCCGAAUCUGAUCUUAUCAGACCCGACAUCUCCGCAAGACCAUCCUGACUGCCCGCCCGCCCGCCACUUAACCAAGCGAAAAACGCCUCUCCCACGAUGUUCGCUGCACGUUCGCAUCAGCUUAUCUUGCAUAGCUGAAACCAAUCGACUGGCAGUAGCAGCAUCACCACGGCACAAAAACAGCUUACGUGCCGAGCGAGACCCACCACUAUGGAUUCCUCGCGUUCCGCCAGUUGGGCCUUCCUCCUCUCCGCGCCCAGCAUAA